AUGCAGCAGCCAUCCUCCACCUUCAAGUGGGUCCCCGCCUUUGAGCGCUGGGCGGCGCGCACCUUUGCGACCGUCGGACCGAUCCUCGACGCCGCCGCCGUCACCAUCUACACGACCGUGACGCCCGACGCAUCGCGGGUCAUGCGCUACACCUUUGUGGUCCUCGACACCAACGCCGCGUGGUCCAUCGUUCAGACGCGCUACUCGGAGUGCCGCUCGCUGUACAAGGCUGUCGUGGCUUGGGCGAGGACCCACCGACGCGAGCUUCGCGGCCACGCCGCCUACCAGCUCGCAGCGUUCUGCGGCCAAAUGGACUUUCCCGCGCGCACGCUGGGCUUCGACGACCACUAUACCGUUUAUACCCGCAAGGCGGCACUCACGCGCCUCGUGGAGCUGCUGUUUCUCGUACAGCGCCGCCUCAAAGCGGCGGACCUCCCCGCCUUCAACGACCUCCGCGUCCUGCUACGCAGCUUCUUCAAGGCCAGUGACACCGCGUUGGUUGCGUCGAGCACGAUGGUUGAGAGCGACGAGUGCGCGAUAUGCCUCGGGGACCUCGGCGCGUGCUCCGUCGUGACACUCUCGUGCGGCCACAGCUUCCACCAGCACUGCGCCCUCCAGUGGCUGCAGUACACCAACACGUGUGCCGUGUGUCGUCGGCCGUGCACGGACGGCCAUGCCGACGAGGUCAUGGCCCAGGCCGUCGACGUCAACUGCGUCAAUCAUGGUCGGUCUGCCGUGUUUAGCGCUGUCAUGGGCAACCACUUGGACGUCAUCGACACGCUCGUCGCCGCUGGCGCCGACUUGGAUUCCGGUGGCCCCCAUAGCACCGCCGCUCGCUAUCAAAUUGAAGGUGUGGACGCCGCCAAGAAGCUCGUUGCAGCCGGCGCCACCGUCAACUUCGUCUGGCUGGAGAACGGACCUCUCGCGCUGGCGAUUGAGAAAGACCACCAAAACAUCGUGCUACUGCUGUGCGAGGUCAUUGUCGCGCGCACCAAGCAGCCGCGACUGACCGUGGUGCUUCCGCCGAUGGAAAACGACUAG